AUGGAAAUGAGGAUGGAUCAGAAGGAAGAGAACAGACAGCUGUGCGCUGGAAUGUACAGUCGGGAUGCUUGGGGAGGUGCUGUGGAACCACAUAUACUUGUCAAGUUCAUAAAGGACACGACGGAAGGGGAUUCGGAUCCAAUUACGUCUCUGGUUAUAUUUGAAUGGAAGGACUACGAUCUGAUUGGAGUCUUUCCAACAGUAGACUCAAUUACGAAGGAGUACAUCUGCGAUACGGAAUCGAUUCAGAAUAAUUUUUGUAAUGUCAACCAGACUGGAGAGUUCAUCAUGGCUGAGAACGCGACGGAAAUCUCGAAAAAUUUGCUAUUUACGAAAGCGAUACACCUGAAGGACCCAGGUCUUCCUAUAAACUACGCAAUCAAGAAGACCGGAUAUUACUGUGUUGGGACCACGGCUUUCUCUCCAGCAGAUGUUCAAUACACCGCAACAGUGGAGUUUCGAAAUGCCUAUGGAGAGCUUCCAGCUGCUCAGAUUGCCAAACUACCUUUCUACGGCGGAAUUACGAUUGUGUAUGCAGUCAUUGGGGCCUUUUGGGCGUUCUUAUAUGCUCAGCACAGGCAUGAUAUACUGCCUGUGCAAAACUAUAUCACUGCAAUCAUCAUGUUUCUAAUCGUUGAAAUGUUGAUGACAUGGCUGUUCUAUGAUUACAUGAACCGCAAUGGGUCUAGCAUAGGCUCCAAAGUGCUCAUGAUUGUAGUUGCGAUCUUGAAUGCAGGACGAAACUCGUUUUCAUUCUUCCUUCUACUGAUUGUGUGUAUGGGAUACGGUGUUGUCAAACACAGCUUAGGCAAAACCAUGAUCUAUGUUCGGUAUCUCGCAGGUGGCCACUUUGUAUUUGGUUUGAUCUACUCGAUCGCCAGUUUGACGGUCACUCCCGAAACUGCCGGACCCCUUGUACUUUUCGUCAUUUUGCCAUUGGCGGGUACUCUUACAGCUUUCUAUGUUUGGACACUCAACUCUCUCAACAUGACCAUGAGGGAUCUCAUGGAGCGCAAACAAACGCAAAAAUUCUCAAUGUACCGCAAACUGUGGUGGGCAAUCCUUGGCUCGAUCAUGGUCAUAUUUGGAUUCUUCUUCUUCAACUCCUUCACUUUUGCCUCGGCAUCCGACCCGGACUUCGUUCCAUUUCACUGGAAGACCCGUUGGUUUAUUCUGGAUGGAUGGCUCAACCUUGUCUAUCUCGGUGACGUUGUUUUUAUCGCUUACCUAUGGCGACCUACGGCAAACAACAGGAGGUUUGCUAUGAGUGACGAAUUGGCUCAAGACGAUGAGGGCUUUGAGAUCGCAGACUUUGGAGCUGAGGAGGAUGAUGAUGAGGAUCCAGAAAAUGCUGCUGCGCAUAGGGGUGACAGAACACAGCCAGGGCAGGAAGGCCCCAGAUACGAUCCCGCGCCAGCGGCUAAUGCGCCAAAGCCGAUCACUAGAGAAAGCCUUGACGGAGAAACAAUAUUUGCAGUUGGAGAAGACGGCGAUAGGUGGUCAGACGAUGGGAGUGACGCUGAGGAGAGGGGCAAGUUAGUCACAAAAGAUCCGAAGGAUACCUGA